AAGUAACUCGAGAAAGCAAUAAAGAUGUUCCAUAAGAAGAAACCAGCUCCAAUGUCUGGCAGUAAUCCAGAGCCAGUUGACAUUACACCGGGGGAAGAUGAUCCAAAGCAUAAAGUCAAAGUAUUCCUGUCACCAGAUCACUCCAUCAAGCCGGUAGCUGACUUCAUCAGUUCAGCAUCAAAAUCAAUCGACAUGUACAUACCAGAAUGGAAGACAUGGACGUAUCCAGCCAAUGCUCCACUCGCUCCACCAAUGUGGUGUGCCGAAACAAACCCGAUAUUCCAAUGUCUAGUAAAUGCCGGAGUCAAGAAAGUCAAAAUGAGGUUUCUGACACAUGGGCCACAGAAACCGUUCGUGCCUUUUAUGUGUGACAUAUGGGAGUGGUUCAUAAUGCAAGACGCAAAAGUGAGCUUCAUUUUGCCACAGAUGCUGACAAUUGGUGGCAUCAUGAUGAUCAUUGAUGGAGAGAAGAUACUGAUGACGACCAUGAGUGGUAACGAAGCCUCUUUCAUUUUCAAUCGAGAGAGCACAAUCAUCUUGGAGACGAAAUGCGACCAGGUCGUAAAAUUAUUUCAAGACACAUUUGAAAACGAUUUCUCCAAGGGAACGCCAUUUGCACCAACAAAGAAAAUGAUACUAAACACAAAACCGCCUCAACUUGAUCCAGCUUCUGUGGUUCUCACGCAAACCUUCAUAUUCCCGAAAAUAACGUCUAAGCCGCAGCCACCCACUGCACUGGUUAAAUCUGAAAUGGAUGUGAACAUAUCGAGCAUAAUGGAAGCAGAUGAUGUGGAGUAUACACUAGCAAUGGCAGGACCAGAGCUUGCCGAGUGGAAUAUACUAAGAGGAAUCAAUUCGCUGAGCUUUGUUCAAGUUGCAACUCCCAGUCUGACCAAUAGUAAAGUAUCUGAUAUGAUACUCACUGCUUAUGGGCAGAAUGCAUCAACUUCUGUCAACAUAGCUUACAUGCUGGUAGAUAAAGAUGAAGCAAAAAAAUCUGAUGAUAAUAUUUUAGAUCUCUACAAUAAUGGAAUGAAUUAUCGAAUAUUCAGAGGACCAUUGUAUGAUGAGGACAAGAAAACAAAGAUGUACUUCACUCAUGGUGGACAGAACUAUAUCAACACAGGCAGUACUUCAAUGUACUUCAUGACAGGUACUCUGUCGGAUGAUGAUUUGAACAAGCAUCGUAAUUUCUACGUUUCUUUCAAUUCAGCAAAAUUGUGUACAAAGAUUGCCAAAGUUUUUACUGAUGAUCAAAGAUAUGCUAAAUUGUGGAAUCCAACAACUAAAACUGCAGUUGGACCAGAGGAAAAAUAAAAAAAUUUUAUCAUGCAUAGUACAUACCUACAUGUAUAAUACAUAC